AUGAGACGUUUCUUGAAACUUACUGUCGCUGGUGCUUCUCGUGCCAGUGCUCGUGCUCUUAGAGUUGCCCCAAGAGGUUGCACAAGUUUGACGAAAGCUGGGCAAUGCCAGUUUGCUAAAAGUUAUGCCACUAAGGUUGCCUUGACAGCAGAUAGCUAUCCGUACGUUAAGCGUGAUCCAAACUACAAGCAAUUGGAAGAUUCUGACAUUGCUCAUUUCACCGAGAUCUUGGGUGAUUCCAAGCUUGUCAUCCAAGAAGAUUUGGAUUUUUAUAAUGAAGAUUAUAUGCACAAAUACAUGGGACAAUCCAAACUUGUAUUAAAACCAAAGACUACCCAACAAGUUUCUGAAAUUAUAAAAUACUGUAACGAAAAGAAAUUGGCCAUUGUUCCUCAAGGUGGUAAUACCGGUUUGGUUGGUGGUUCUGUCCCGGUGUUUGAUGAAAUCGUGUUGAGUUUGAGCAGCUUGAAUAAGAUUAGAUCUUUUGAUGAGGUUAGUGGGAUCCUCAAGGCUGAUGCCGGGUUGAUUUUGGAAAACGCUGAUAACUUUUUGGCAGAAAAAGGUUAUAUUUUCCCAUUGGACUUAGGGGCCAAAGGAUCUUGUCAUGUUGGGGGUACUAUUGCUACCAACGCUGGUGGUUUAAGAUUGUUGAGAUAUGGGUCUUUGCAUGGUUCAGUGUUAGGUUUGGAAACUGUGUUGGUCGAUGGUACUAUUGUUGAUUCUUUGCAUUCUUUGAGAAAGGAUAACACCGGUUACGACAUGAAGCAGGUGUUUAUUGGUUCCGAAGGUACUUUAGGGGUCAUCACCGGGUUCUCAAUUUUGUGUCCACCAAGACCAAAGGCCAAGAAUGUGGCAUUCUUGGGUCUUGAGAGUUAUGAAGCAGUUCAAAAGACCUUUAUUGAAGCAAAGGGUCAAUUGGGGGAAAUUUUGAGUGCAUUUGAAUUCAUGGACAACAAAUCUCAAGAAUUGGUCAAGACUUACAACAAGUUGGAUCAUCCAUUGGAAGAACCAUAUCCUUUCUACGUAUUGAUUGAAUCAUCUGGUUCUAAUAAGGACCAUGAUGAUGAAAAAUUGGAACAAUUCUUGGAAGACGUUAUGGAAAAAGAAAUUGUUUCUGACGGUAUUGUUGCCCAAGACGAAACCCAACUUGCAAACUUGUGGAGCUGGAGAGAACUUAUUCCUGAAGCUUCUCAACAUAAAGGUGGGGUCUACAAGUACGAUGUUUCAUUGCCAUUGAAGGAUCUUUAUGAUUUGAUCCCAGCGGUCGAAGAAAAAUUGAAGGCCGCCAACUUAGUUGGAGAAACCGAUGAAUUUCCAGUUAUUGCAUCUGUUGGCUAUGGUCACAUUGGUGAUGGUAAUGUCCAUUUGAAUGUUGCUGUUAGAAGAUACACCAAGGAAAUUGAAAAAGCCAUUGAACCUUUUGUUUACGAAUGGGUCCAGCAACAUCACGGUUCUGUGUCUGCCGAACAUGGCUUGGGUUUCCAAAAGAAGAACUACAUCGGAUACACCAAGUCCGAAAAUGAAAUCAAAUUGAUCAAACAAUUGAAGAAUUUGUAUGAUCCAAAUGGAAUUUUAAACCCAUACAAGUACAUUUAG